CGCCUAAGAAUACAGUUAAUCAACAAAUACUGUGAACCGUUUUCAUUACGCAUGAAGUUUACUUUUACAUUAAUAGACAUCGAUCUGCUUUAAUAUUGUGCCUAUUUUACAUUAAGGACAAUGUCUUAUCAAUUAUAUCGAAACACAACGUUAGGUAAUACGUUACAAGAAAGCCUCGAUGAACUGAUUCAGUAUGGGCAAAUCACACCACAAUUAGCAAUUAAAGUACUAUUACAAUUUGAUAAGGCAAUAAAUCAAGCACUUGCAACUAGAGUUAAAUCAAGACUUACAUUUAAGGCUGGCAAAUUAAAUACUUACAGAUUUUGUGAUAAUGUAUGGACAUUUAUGCUUAACGAUGUUGAAUUUCGUGAAGUUCAGGAAGUAGCAAUAGUGGAUAAAGUUAAAAUUGUUGCUUGUGAUGGGAAAACACUGGAUGCAGAUGCAGCAACAAAGCGAUAA